AUGACUCCCCAUCAAUAUGAAAUUUUGUUAUCAAAGGUUGCCCCACGAAUUAUUAAAGUUUCCAAAAGAGAGCCAAUUGGACCUAGUGAAAGACUUUGUGUAACUUUGAGAUACUUGGCAACUGGUGAUGCUCAGACUACAAUCGCAACUAAUUUUCGUAUGAGUCCAACAACUGUUUGCAGAAUAAUUGAAGAAGCCACUGCUGAGAUUUGGAAUUCUCUUGUUGAGAAUUAUGUUGCUAUCCCAAAAGUUGAAGAAUGGAAAAGGAUUGCAUAUGAUUUUGGAAGAGGCUGGAACUUUCCCAAUUGUAUAGGAGCCCUAGAUGGAAAGCAUGUUGUUAUACAGGCACCAGCAAAUACCGGAUCAAUGUAUUUCAAUUAUAAAAAGACUUUUUCAAUAGUUUUAAUGUCUGUUUGUGAUGCAAACUAUUCAUUUACAUUGGUAGAUAUCGGAGACAUUGGUAGAAACAGUGACAGUGGUGUUGGUGAUGAAGCAUUUCCUUUAAGAGAAAAUUUGAUGAAGCCAUUUCCAAAAGAAUCUUUAGGGCGAAAGGAAAGAAUUUAUAAUUACAGGUUAUCUCGAGCGAGAAGAACUAUAGAAAAUACAUUUGGUAUUUGUGCUUCUAGAUUUAGAAUUUUCACACGCCUUAUAAAUGCCAGGGUUCACGUUGCUGUAAAUAUCACUAAGGCUGUAGUAGCUUUGCAUAAUUAUUUGAUGGCAGAGAGAUGCUUCCAGUCAAGUAAUUACUGUCCACCUGGGUAUGCGGAUACACAAAAUAGACCUGGAGACUGGAGGCAAGCUAUUGGUCAAAUCGAUGCAUUGCAGCCUAUACAGAGAGCAGGAUCAAACAAUUAUUCAAAGAAUGCUAAAAAGAUUCGUGAACAGUUCCGCGAUUAUUUUGUUUUGCCAGAAGGACAAGUUAAUUGGCAAUGGGAUAUGAUACCAAGAACAUAA